AAUACAACAAUGAACGCGCUUGUGUCAAAUUUCAAAUCAAAACGAACUUUUCGCAUAAACGGCAAAUUGAUGCUCAGCAAGAUAGACGCACUAAUUACGCUUGAGUUGAUUAAACAAUAGAAUUUCAUUUAAAAAAAAUCGUUUUUGUUAAAGUGAAAAGAAAAAAACUUAUCAUCAUGGAAGUACUAAGCAAUAAAGAAGUAAAUCCGAGUAUACAAAUGGAUAAAUUUAAUACACCAGAGCGAUGUGGAAAUAAUUUUCAAAAUGAAAAUGCGUUGAGUACUCCAUUGUUUGUGCCACCAACACCUUUGUUAAAGAAUAUGGGCUAUGGAACUGGUGUACAUAUUUAUCGUAUCGAAAGGUCACCAGUGGUUGGAAAAAUCAGAUCGCCAUGGGUUGUGAAACGUUUACGCAGUAAAAACAGUGAUGAAGUGAUUUCGUCACGAUUAUUUGCCGAGGCGGCUAUUUUAAAAUCACUCAAUCAUCCAAAUAUCGUGGGCUAUCGUGGAACAAAGACGCUUAACAACGAACGAGUCAUUUUGGCCAUGGAAACAUGCGACACAUCAUUAGGUGACUUGAUUGAACAACGAAAUGAGCUAUCAGCUGGACCACUGGAACCACCGAAAAUUCUAAAAGUCUGUUUAGAUAUAUGCAAUGCGCUCGAUUACUUGCAUACAGAGGUGAAACUAUUGCACGGCGACCUAAAAUCAUACAAUGUCCUCAUCAAAAAUUCAUUCGAACAAUGUAAAUUGUGUGACUUUGGUGUGAGUUUAUCGUUGACCGACGAUGGAUUUGUGGAUUUGGAUAAACAUCCAAAUGCUCAUUACACUGGAACGGACAUUUAUUCGGCGCCAGAAGUGUUCCAUGCACCGCCACAAGACAUCAGCAGCAAAUGUGACAUAUUCAGCUUUGGUUUAGUCAUAUUUGAAUGUUUAACACUGCAAUGUCCGCACUAUGAACAUCUUGUCGAAGAUAUCGAUGGAGGUUUGGAGGCAUCAGUUUUAAGCAAAAAAUUGACAAAUAUUGAACCAAAGGAGUUGUUCAAUGAUUCAACGAAUUGUAAAGAAAAUCAAUUGAUUUGCGCAUCGCCAGCAUUGAAAGAAAAAACAUUGGAUGAAUCACAAGUCGAAAAAAGCAUUAUGUCGAUUAAAAGUACAGCGGCCACAGUUGGCGAUGAUACUUGGCAAGACAUCACAAGCACAACAUUCAAUGGCACCAUCAAUAACACAUUAAAUGAUGGGUCAUUCGGUGGAAAUUCGACAGAUCGACAUCCGAUGAAAGAUUUAAGCGCCACAUUCAAUUCAACAAUUGAUUCGGAUAUGUCCUAUAAUAGUUCGUGGGACAAGAGAAUGAACGAUACCGCCGAAACAUUACCAGAUUGGUAUGGAUCACGACCACGUCUACCCGAAAAUCAACAAUUGGACGAGGAUUAUUUCAUAUUUUGCGAAACAUUUUUCAUAUGCACACACAACGAGCCCGAAGAACGGCCAACAGCUGGUGAUUUACUUGUUAGUUUGAAGAAUGUAAAUUAAUCAGAUGAUAUCAUUUAAUUGGACUUUAUUUUUUGCUACAGAUGUAUUUGAUUUUAAUUUCUUAUUUUGCGAGAAAAUAUGAUUUUUUAUAAAUAGUACAUAACAUUUGAAUAUAUUUGCA